AUGCCCCCUCCCACAGAGAUUACACAAAAACUUUCUGGCCCUCUCGACCUUGCUUCAGCGAAGAGAGAUGUUUCUACCCCUCCCCCUUCUGCACUCCUCACCGCACGUGUCAUCGAGAAUCUCAGCGAGGUUGCGUACCCCGAAGGCAUCAAGAGCCCAAGAAUUGAGCUCAAUGUGAACGUCAGGGAUGGCCGAUUCAGGUACGACCAUGACUUCCUUAUGCAGUUUGUGCACAUUUGCAAGGAAAAACCGCCCACCCUUCCUGCUCUGGAUGUCCUUGGCAUUGAACCCGUCGAUCAAGUUUCGUUUCCCAUGGCCCGCGGUGGCUCUGGACGUCGCAGCGUCUCUGGUGCGAUGCCCGUUUCUGCCAACCGCCAGGGUUCUGCAGGUCUGGGUAUCGGUGGCUUCCAGAAACCCCCAAGCGGUUACCAGAUGGGGGAUCCCCUUCCCCCAGGGAGACUUACCAGCGAGGAGCGGUUUGCCAUCCUCAACUCCCGUUCCUCUUCAACUAGCAGUGCUUCUUCCCAAUUCCGUUCCCCGAUGGUGCGCACGCCCGGCAUGGGCGGCUCUGCCCGCCCCAGGUAUGGCUGUAGACUCACCAGGGCCGAGAGGCGUGUUGACCCUAACAAGAUACCGGUGUCCCAGAAAGGACUUAGAUCUGGCUGUGGCGCUGCAUCUAUCCUGGGUGCUGGCUUUGAGCCCGUUGUACCUCUCGAAUUGUCUGCCAACCGUUGGGUGCCCACGCGUACGACCCGCAAGGCUCAACCUGAUGUUGAUUCACCUGACCUGGUGGACCGUAAGGUCAAGGCGCUGCUCAACAAGCUCUCGAUGGAGAAAUUCGAGACGAUUUCAGACCAGAUCAUCCACUGGGCCAACCGGAGCGUGAAUGAGAAGGAUGGGCGGACGCUCACCCAAGUCAUCCGGCUGGUGUUCGAGAAGGCGACUGAUGAGGCUGCUUGGAGCGAGGUGUACGCGCGGCUGUGUCGGAAGAUGAUGGAGCAGAUCAGUCCUGAAGUACAGGAUGAUGGGAUCAAGAACACAGAGGGCGAGCCUAUUGCUGGCGGACAGCUGUUCCGGAAAUAUCUCCUCAACCGCUGUCAAGAAGACUUUGAGCGCGGGUGGUUCGCCAAGGAAGCUCCUGCUGCAGCCGCUGUGGACACUUCCGACGAUCACGCAACUAAGGCUGCUAACGACAAGAAAAGCACCGAGAAAGCUGAGCUCUAUUCAAACGAGUACUACGCUGCACAGAAGGCGAAGCGCCAGGGUCUUGGUCUGAUCAAGUUCAUCGGCGAGCUGUUCAAGCUGCAGAUGCUCACAGAGCGUAUCAUGCACGAGUGUGUGAAGCAGCUGUUAGUCAACGUCGAGAACCCCGAGGAAGAGAAGAUUGAGAGCUUGUGUCAGCUAUUGAAGACGGUUGGCCAAUUGCUUGACACGCCGAGAGCCCGCGCGCAUAUGGACAUUUUCUUCUCGCGCAUGAAGGAACUCGGUAAGAGCCAUAAUAUCAGCACUCGUAUGCAGUUCAUGCUUCAGGACGUCAUCGAGUUGCGUGACCGCGCAUGGAUGAGCCGCGAUGCUGCGCCUAUGACGAUUGCGGCUAUUCACACGCGGCUGGCCGCCGAGGAGAAAGCAACUGCAGAGGAGUGUUUCAACCGUCAGAUGAACAUGUCUCGCGGUAGAUCUCGAAGGGGCGAUGACUGCAACCAAGAGGAUAUCACAGAUGGCUGGGUUGUUGUCAGUGACUAUGUUCCGCAGGCGCCUCCCAAGGCUGUUAAUGAAGCGGAGCUCGGUAAGAGCCAUAAUAUCAGCACUCGUAUGCAGUUCAUUCUUCAGGACGUCAUAGAGUUGCGUUAUCGUGCAUGGAUGAGCCGCGAUGCUGCACCUAUGACGAUUGCGGCUGUUCACACGCGGCUGGCCGCCGAGGAGAAAGCAACUGCAGAGGAGUGUUUCAACCGUCAGCUGAACAUGUCUCGCGGUGGAUCUCGAAGGGGGGAUGACUGCAACCAAGAGGAUAACCCUGAUGGCUGGGUUGUUGUCAGUGACUAUGUUCCGCAGGCGCCUCGCAAGGCUGGUAAUGAAGCAGACGUCAAGAAGAAGAUUGAUGAAGAUGUGAAAGAGUUCUUUGCUGUUCGCAGUCUUCAAGAGGCCGAGGUCUACUUCAAUCUUCCCGACGAGCACCGCUUCCGGCUCGUGGACAAGCUGGUUGCGUCCGCACUCGAGAGCAAGGAGGCGGAUGCGAGGUUGGUCGGUGAUUUCUUCGCGCAGGCUACGAGUAACGGACAGUGUACGCUCGAGGCAUUUGAGAAGGGGUUCAUGUCCACGGCAGAACUUUUGAAUGAUGUUGCCAUCGAUACUCCCAAUGCGUUUGACUAUAUGGCUAUCAUGCUCAGGGGUGCUGGGUUCCAGAAUGAGCCUGAGAGACUCUAUCGGAUCGCUUCGAAGCUCGAAUGUAGCGAUAAACUAGUCUCUCUCGUGGCUUGA